AUGGCGGGUCCUGAAAUUACUAAAAAUUCCAUUAGACAUCAUGUCCACGCUUUGUCCAAAAUGUUUGGUGUUGAUUUGAUGUAUGAUCCAAAUGUGUAUGCGUUUGCAGACAGUCUAGAAAAGAGCAUUGAUAGUUCGGCUGACACUCAGUACAACAUUCAUGAUUUAGUUACCAGACUUUGCAGCGAUAACCCACAAUACGAUGCAUUUUUACGGCGGUAUGAAGAGUUGAAACCUAGAAACAUUAGGGAACUUUCCUCUGUUGUUUAUCUGUUAUCAAAGCUGAAGUCGGACGACGCUAUACUCAGAAGUUUAGAGUAUCUUCCUUUGUCUACUAAGCCUCUUAAUGGCCAAAGCAAAGUCUCUACUAUUCCCGUUUGUGGGAAGGAUAUAACACAUCUUCAACAUGUGAAUGACGAGUCUUGUACACAAGGAUCAAGUUCAGAGCAACCAGUCAGGAAUGAUAGUCUGAGACCCAUGUUUGGUGCGUCAGAUGAAUUAUCUUUGUUUUCAGCCUGUGGUCUUGGCGCACAUUCCAGUUCAUUUGUUCAGGCUUCCAAGAAUACAUCUAAAAAGUUGGUUUCUAGCAACACAGUCCAACCUCCAACAUUUCCUCUGCAACCAGAGUGGAUAUACUCACGCGGGACGCUUUGGGAUGACUUCCUGUCGAUUUCACUUAAUUCAGAAUCUUUCCAGCAACUCCCCAUCGAAUCUCUUUCAAAUGCUGUCCAGGAAUACGCUGUUGUUAGCGAUCUACUACAGUGUUUGCAAGGUAACCAAGGAGUUUACAUCAAACCUCUGCCUUUAUCGAAUCGUUACGCAGUCCGAUGUUUUAAAGUAGAUGAAAAAAUGACUCCCGCUUUAUCAGAUACUGUAAAUAAAAUUCUCCCAGUUUGUUCGGACUAUUCAACAGUGGCUAGGUUUAUAGGUGAGAAGUCCACAUUCGAAUAUGGAACGGUCAACCAGGCACUAGCAGGUGCAAUGCGCGGUUUACUUAAGGAUUAUCUUAUUCUGUUAUGUCAACUUGAAUACCAGUAUAAAAUUGGUCAAUUGGGAAUAGUUAAACUCCACUUUUUUUUGCAAGAAACAGCUACCGCUUUUAAUCAGUUGACUCGCCUUGUUUAUAAUAUAAACACAGGACAGUGUUCUGGUGGUGCAGUGUUAUCAGUAUUGUAUGAUUCUCUAAGGUCUGUUUAUGGUGUUAAACAAUUACAUGAUUUAAUGCUUUAUCUCCUGUGUUCUGCUACCGUACCUUUUUUUAAAAUUCUUCAAAAAUGGAUAUAUCGGGGUGUAAUUUCUGACCCAUAUAAAGAGUUUUUCAUUUCAGCUGGAUCUAUGCCGAAUUUUUAUGAUCCUGAUAAAGCAUCUCCAAAUAAUCUUUAUUCAGCUUCAUUCCAGUUCGACCGUUUUACACAGAAUUAUGUGGACUGGGCAUUCUUUUGGGAGUGUCAUUAUUCUCUUGUACCAAUAAACUUACCAAGUUUUCUUGAACCUAAUGCUUCGAAAAUUCUUAGUACGGGCAAGUAUUUGAAUGUUGUACAGCAAUGCGCCGAUCGUUAUGAGCUUCCUACGUGUGAAGAACUUGUUUAUAAUAAAGAGCAUUCAGUGUUUCUUGAUAAAAUUGACCAAGCUCAUCUGUACGCAAGCAGUUUAUUAUUGAAAUUGAUGCUGCAACAAAAGGAAUUAAAAGAACACCUAAAAUCUGUUAAGCGUUUCUUUCUGUUGGAUCAAGGUGAUUUUAUUGUUCAUUUUAUGGAUGCCGCUGCAGCAGAAUUACGUAAAAAUAGCGAAAUUAUUUCUCAACUACGUUUAAAUUCUUUAUUGGAAUUGGCACUUCGUACUAGCACUGCUAAUAGUGAUCCAUUCAAAGAUAAUUUAUCCGUUGUGAUAUUUCAAUUUGAUUUAAUCUCUCAAAUUUUAAUGGUUCUACGAGCUGGAUCAGAAGACGAACCGGACAACGUCUUACCGAUCGAGGAUAAAAAUCUUUCAGGACUAGAGGCUUUCUGUUUGGAUUAUAGAGUUGGCUGGCCUAUUGAUUUAGUGCUCAAUCGUCAAGUAAUGGAUCGCUAUCAAAUGCUUUUCCGUCAUCUUUUAUACUGCAAACAUGUUGAGAGAUUACUAUGCAACUCAUGGAUUCUAGGCAAACUUGCUCGUAAAUGUGAUAACCUUAUGACUACCUGGUUUACAACCGCUUUCCUAUUGGCCCAACGAAUGCUUAUUUUUAUUCAACAUUUCCAAUAUUACAUGUCUGUUGAGAUCAUUGAACCAGCAUGGCACAAUUUUUUCAAACGCGUUGACAAAGUAUCUAAUUUGGACUUACUUUUAGACUCACAUCUACAUUUUUUGGAAGUAUGUAUGGAUGAUUGUUUACUAGCUAGUCCUGAUCUAUUAAGUUUAGUUGGAAAAUUAUCUGUAGCCUGUGUAACGUUUGCUAAUUUUAUCCAACACUUGGCGUUCUCUAUAACAGGAGUCAAUUUAUCAUCAUCUGGAGAUAAUGAUCAAUGUAUUGUUUAUUUAUCGCGGCAUAGUAAUGAUAUGGAAAGGCCUUUCCUACACGAUCCAACACCGUCAUCAAAUUUAGGUCGAACAAAGAAUGAUUUAAAAUAUGCACCUCGUGAAUCUACCACUAGUUCAGUAGAAUCUAUGAUGACAAAGGUUACUAGAGAAGAGUUUGGUAGAAUGAGUUUGUCAGAUGAUAUGGCUAAAACGGUUACAAACUUUGAUACAAAUUUCAACAGAAUGUUAGUUGAACUGCUUGAAAAGAUCAAACAAUAUGCUAAGCAUCACAGUAAACUGUUAAGUCUAGUAUCAAGACUCGAUUUCAAUGAAUUUUACACUGAAUUUGCUAUGCAGUAUGAUCAGAGCGAGCGAUCUCCUGAAUCACCCGGUGAUCAUGAACCGUCUCUUGAUAAAGAUACCCUUGUCGAACACAAAUCAGUACCACAAACAAACUCGGAAUCCGACAAUGAGGAUUAUAUAUAA